AUGUCGCUCUGCUGCGCCGUGCGCUCGGACGACGCGCUCCUCGUCUUCUGCAACUACGUGCUCAACCAACCGGCGCUGCUGGCCGGCGACCUCCGGCCAGCCAAGCGCGCACGCACGCACAGCACGGACGAGAGCGACGCGAAGCGGCGGCGGCGGCGGCGCGUGACCUUCUCGACGACGACAACCUUCGAGUUCCCCGCCGACGUCAACGGCAGCGCGGUGCCGCUAGAGCGAGGCCCGCCCAUCGGCCUCGGGCGCAAGCACGUCAACGUCACCACCGCCGCCUGCCCGGCCACUGACGGUGCCAAAAACGUGCGCAAGCUCCUGCCCCACGAACGCAUUUUGCUGCUGCAAGCGCUCAAGUACACGCACGACGACAUUGCUUUCUUUGCUCGCGACGCCAAUGCAACCCGCGACGCCCGCCGUGCCACGCGCGACGAGCUCCUGCGCGAGCGACAGCUGCCUGCCGUGGUCUAG